AUGUUUUCCUUCCGUUUUGUUUUUUGUUUUUUUUCUUUUUUUCUUUUCUUCUUAGUUUCGUUGUUUUCAAAACUCCGGGGUUCACGGCAGAAGAAUAAAGGUGGGCGGGAAACAAAUUGGGAAGACGGAAAAAUAACGGAUAAAGUAUUAGAUCGCAAAACUAAGAUAGCAACGAUCAAUCUAAAAGACAUAAUAUCUAUCUAUCUAUCUAUCUAUCUAUCUAUCUAUCUAUCUAUCUAUCUAUCUAUCUAUUUCAGUCUUUACGUUUUGUCUUUUCACUCUAUCCGUCUGUCUGUCUCUCAUUAUCUAUCUAUCUAUCUAUCUAUCUAUCUAUCUAUCUAUCUAUUCAUGAGAGAGAAUCUAUCUGAUUAUUUUUUAUCUCUCAUUAUCUAUCUAUCUAUCUAUCUAUCUAUCUAUCUAUCUAUCUAUCAUAUCUAUCUCUCUCUCUUUUCUCUCUCUCUCUCUCUCUCUCUCUCUCUAUCUAUCACAUCCGAUUCUUCUUCUUCUUCUUUUUUUCUUCUUCUUCUUUUUUUCUUCUUCUUCUUCUUCUCUUUGAGCAUGGCAUUUUCUUCUUUCUUCUUCCGUCUCUCUCUGUCUUUUUUUUCUUUUUCUCAUUCCACUAAGAUUUAUAUCUCUCUCCGCUUAUUCAUUAUCUCACUCUGUUCCUAUUCAUCUAUCUAUCUAUCUAUCUAUCUAUCUAUCUAUCUAUCUAUCUAUCUAUCUAUCUCACUGGCUUUCAAGAUGAGAAGGGCGCCCGUUGUUUUUCUGUGCGUCGCCAGUCCUUUUCUUCCGCCGGGUCUUGAGGUCGCAGCGUACGUGGAGUGA